AUGUCGGCCUUGCCCAGCAACGACCUCCGUAGCGCAGCCAAACCGUACCUCCGUGAAAAGAACCACAACAAGAAGUGGGCAAGAGGAGCGCAGGAACCUCCCGAACAUCACUGCCACAAGCACCCGUACCCUGAGGACAACUGCCGCAAAUGCAUGGGCAAACCGAAUCGGCGAGAUCAAGAUCGCAGGGUCGGCCGAUCUGAGGCCAAACACAAGCAUGACCUUCAGAACAAGCUAAGCGGCCACGCUGCUACUCUGGCUCGCAAGGCUUUCCGGAAUGAAGUGGUCGAUGCCAUAGAUGGUCCUUUGGCCCACGUUUCCGACACCUCUGAGGAAGAGGAAGUCCCGGACGCGUCUGAAGCCCCGGUCCCGGCAGAGGGGGACUUCAUGUACAGCUUCGACUGCGCGACCGGCCCACGCACCGGCGGUGACAUCCUUAGCCAGGCCAUCAUUCAGGCUGUCCGACGAUUCGAGAACCACGAGACCGAGAAACUUGUCGACAGAGAAUACAACAUCGUUGACGACAAGGAAAUGGCUGAGGUCUUGACCGAAGACGAUGAUGACGAUUUUGAAUUCGUCGACUAUUCUCACUUGAAGUGA